UGGAGGGAUGGGAAAGGAUGAUUAACGUGACUAUAAACUACAUGCAGCAUGUUUGUAAUAAUGGAAGGAUAAAAGGGAAGGGUGCCCAGGCUUCCUGGCCCAAGAGUUGUGCCUGCCCCAAGCCGUUGGCAUGCGCUGUUAGAUAUCUGCCAUGCCCCACCCCAGAGGUGGCUGCAUUUCAGCGGCAGGUCACAGGCAUUUGGGAGUCUUCAGAUCGGCUGCCAUUUAAACGUCACGGACUUUUGCCUGCUGCUUCGGUUCUUGUGGAGCAGCCUGCAGGAGUCCAGCAUCUUCACCCCCUCGUUGGUCUAACCUGGCCCCCUGUGCCCUGCAGAUGUUGGGGAAGGCGGCCAGCUGCAAUGACACAAGCCAGGGCCGGAGGGCAGUGGAGCAGCUGCGGACAGAAGCCGGGCUGGAGAGAAUGAAGGUCUCCAAGGCAGCCUGCGAGCUGUUGCAGUACUGCCGGGCACACGCCCAGAGCGACCCGCUGCUGACUGGGGUCCCUGCCUCUGCCAACCCCUUCAAAGACAAGAAAACCUGCAGCAUCCUGUGAGGACGCUGGACCCACAGCCCCCUCCGGACAACCCGGAGCAGCCUCUGAAGACGGGGGCAGCUGGGUUCCUAUCACUGUCCCCCUCCCACCAGUGUGACCCUGGUCCCAGCCAACCAAGAGGGAGCGGGCAUGAUGGGUUCCUCGUGUCCCACCCUGCUCCCCUCCCCUCCCCUCCACCAGGUCAGCGCAGCCUCCGUGUGCAGAGAGCAGACUUUCCGACCCCUGGGCCCCGAUCCCUCCUGGUGUAAAUCAGGCAAGAAGAGGAGCAGGGAGUUGGGAGGAAAGCGUGGCCCUGCUGCAGCUGGGGGGCUUUGCCAUCGCUUUCAAAGCGGCCAGGAUCUCCCCCCAGUGCAGCACCCCCCUCGUCAGUUACAGCCUCGUGCACACAUGCUGGGGAAGGGAAGCCAGGCCAGGCCUGACUGCAGAACACGGGAGUCCCAGGGCCUAGCAGCCCCCUCCCUGGGGAGAAGAUGGA